CCCACAUCGUGCCGAAACCGCGGGAUACUUUGCAUGUGCUUUUAGAGCCACUCUGCCUUUUUCUGCGCUCGAAUAAGACCUCAAGAACCAUAGUCGACCAUGACUUCCACGACACCCCCAGACGUCGCCGCUCACGCAGAAUCUUUGAUCCCCAGAUUCCAUCUAACCCGCCUCCUAAACUCCGACCAAGCCGGUCGUCGCAUCUCCCUCUUGGGCACUAUAGACUCUAAACCCGCUCUCCUCCUCGCCGAACGCGCCGCAUUCGACACCAAUCCCACCAUCCUAUCCAACUUCUCCACCUCGCUUCGCAAUAUCAAAAACCUCGGUGCAAACGACAUCUACGCCUGGUUCCUCGCAAACUCCAACCCCAGCGAUGAGAAUCCGCCUCCAGACUUCAAGUUGAACCUAAUCUAUCCUUGCACGGAGAAACACAUCAAGAAGUACGAGCAACAGCGCUUAAGAGUUGUCACCGAGACUCCAGAGAUUUACGGAAAGUAUGUUAGGCCAUAUAUGCAGGCUCAGCGCGAAAAGGGCGCGUUGAACUGGGUGUUCAACAUCAUUGAAGGGCGUACUGAGCAGGAGGAUGUCAUCUAUCGUGAGGCGGGCGAGGAGGGCUUCUUGCUAUUGCCUGAUUUGAACUGGGACCGUAAGACGAUGGGUAGUCUACACUUGCUCGGUAUCGUGGAGCGAAGAGAUAUCUGGAGUGUAAGGGAUUUGAAGAGGAACAUGGCAGAGUGGGUGAAGCAUAUGCGGGAGAAGAUGCUUGAAGCGACUGUUAAGUUGUAUCCUGAGCUUGAGAGGGAUGAGUUGAAGCUUUACGUGCACUAUCAACCCACGUACUACCACUUUCACAUUCAUAUUGUCCAUGUUUCGCUGGAAGCGGGCAGUACGCAAGCUACCGGAAAGGCUUUGGGUCUAGAGAACAUCAUCUCGCAACUCGAGACCAUGGCUUCGACUUCGUCCUCAUCACCUCCCGGUAUGCAGGAUGUUAGCUUGACGUAUCAUCUUGGUGAGAGGAGUGAUCUGUGGGAGAAGGUUUAUCUGCCGCUCAAGGAGGGGCGAGAAGUCAAGGUGGAUGACUUUUGAGCAAAGCAAUACACUUUGAGGAGUAUGGACGACAGACUUUAUAGAUCACAAUGAACUGAACAGCUUU